AUGGCCGCACGGGAGGAAAAGAAACGAAACCCAAACUUUUCCAAGGAGGAAUGCGCUUUGUUGGCGAAGUUAAUGGGGGGUGAGAGCGGCCAUGAUAUGUCCCGACACGCCCUGUAUAAGAAGGGAUUUUCUUCCAGAAUUACAUCUGAAACCAAAAAGAAAAUGUGGGCAGUGGUUGAAUUGGAAUUUAAUUCCCAUUCCAAUGGUAUCCAUAGGUCAUUGGAUCUGCUUAUGAAAAAAUUGGACAACCUGGUGCAGGUUCACCGUCCCAAAUACAUGGAUUAUAGGCACCAGUUGCAACUUACAGGUCAUUGGCAAAACAAACUCACGAUGUUGUCGGAAAUCACAGAUACUGUCAUGAAUGUGAUAGGAAAAGUAGGCUGUGGCAUUGAGGGUAUUGGUGUUGCUGAAUCCUUUGACGCGACAUGCAUUCAUGAAAGAACAUAUCAGCCAUUGUCGGAGUGUGCUGAAAUGGCCAUUGCUGCACCCAGCACACAGUCAUGUAUAGGCACGACUCCACCAUCCAGUCAUUGCAGCUGCCAUGAGUGUGGUUCAAUUAGGAGGCUGAAGAAAAGGAAGUUGGAGUUGGAGGUGGCUCUACUUGCCAAGCGAUUGGAAAAAGAACAAUAA